ACGGAAACAAAUUUAAAUACGCGCAGUCACAGGCUGUCAUCUACUGUCACACUUUCUUUGGGGAUGAAUGAAACGCAUUGGGGGCUAUAAAAUUACAGAUUUGUUUCCUCAACACACUAUACCCAGGUUUCAAACCUUCGUUUACCACCACCCUUUCCCGUACGCUGGGACACUCCAACCCAACCGUGAAGCGUGCUCAUCCCAGUUUUGAGUCUUUGAAGAUGUCCUCUUUGACAAUCUCUCGACCAAACGUUUCCUCUCCACUCGCCAACGCGUCCAAUGGUAUGGCUACCAAACGAGUGGUCCCAAAACGAAACUCUUCAUUCCCUUCGUCACAAGCUCUCCGGCCAUUCCCUUCCGUUGCCGGCGUCCUGCGUCCAACGCAAAAAACUGGUUCAGAGAAGAAACCCGUAAAGAUCAUAGAACCUCCCGCCAACUUUCGUACCACAUUUGUACUUGACCUUAGUCAAGCGGAGUUUAGCCGCCAGGACUGAACGGGAUGGAGAACAGCAGGUCUCUACCUUCAUCACUCGCACGUCCAUCAUUCCUCAUCAUCCCUGUUGUUCUCCUCAUGAUCGCUUUCCGUAUGCAUAAAUGGUGCAUAUCAUAUUUCGAAUUUGUAGAAUGUCUUGUGGACGUUAAUUGGGAGCUAUUGUUGUACGUAGACUACUUGUACUAUAAUCUUGCGAUCUUCAAAAUUUUAGUAUUCCGCCGGC